AUGGAGAGCGCUGUCGACUCCUCCUUCUUCUGGGGUUAUUUAGUCACUCAAGUUCCUGGUGGAUUCCUAGCAUCGAAAUACCCUGCUAACAGGAUAUUUGGAAUGGCUAUAGCAACAUCAUCUUUCUUAAAUCUCUUACUCCCUGUUGCUGCAGACACCCAGCCAGCACUCAUCAUAAUUGUUAGAAUUCUGCAAGGACUGGUCGAGGGUGUCACUUAUCCAGCUUGCCACGGUAUCUGGAGGUACUGGGCACCACCACUGGAACGCAGUAGGCUGGCUACACUUGCCUUCAGCGGCAGCUAUGCUGGUGUCGUUUUGGGUAUGCCACUCUCUGGAAUGCUUACGGCUGGAGUUGGAUGGCAAGCUCCAUUUUAUUUCUAUGGUGUAAUGGGUCUAAUCUGGUACAUUGCUUGGCUGUGGUUAACUUUUGAAAAACCAGCCAAACAUCCAACUAUUUCAGCUCGGGAACUAUUUUACAUAGAACAAUCUUUAGGUACAACGACUCAAGCUGCGAUGCCAACACUUUCCACAACUCCUUGGUCGAAGUUCUUCAGUUCGAUGCCAGUCUACGCAAUUAUAGUGGCAAACUUCUGUCGAUCUUGGAAUUUCUAUUUACUUGUACUAUUUCAAGCUUCUUAUCUUUCAACGAGAUUUGGUCUGAAAAUCAAAGAAACAGGUUUUUUGGGUGCUUUGCCUCAUCUUUUGAUGACCAUCAUAGUACCUAUUGGUGGUAUGCUUGCAGACUAUGUAAGGAAAAAUGGAAUAAUGACAACGACAAAUGUGAGGAGGGUAUUCAACUGUGGAGGCUUUGGUAUGGAAGGACUUUUUUUCGUUGUUGUUGCUUACUCAAACACAGCUAUUGCCGCAAACGUAGCUCUCACCCUUGGUGUCGCUUUCAGUGGAUUUGCUAUAUCAGGUUUCAAUGUUAACCAUUUGGACAUUGCUCCCAGAUAUGCUAGUAUUCUGAUGGGAAUGUCGAAUGGAAUUGGAACUAUUGCUGGAUUGAUUUGUCCAAUAGUGAUUGAUCACAUAACAAGGGAUCAUAGCCAACAUUCUUGGAAAAUUGUUUUCUUGAUGGCUGCAACAGUUCAUUUUAUUGGUAUUACAUUUUAUGCUAUAUUUGCGAGCGGAGAACUUCAACCCUGGGCAGAUCCACCUUCUAGUAUAAAGUCACCACCACCAUUUCAGGAUGGAAAAGGAGUAGUAGAUUAUGGAACUAUGGGACAGUUUGGGUACACCAAUCAAAUAGUAACUGCUGAAACGGUACAACCAGAAAGCAAAGAUACCUACAUGUACGAAGAAACCAAUGCACCAACUGAACCUUUGAAACCGACUAAUCCAUUCAAUCCAUUUAUUAAUAAUAAUCAAUAGGCCUAAUAAAUGCCAAAUGUAAUGUUCUUUUUGUCAAAAGUAAAUGCAUUUUGAAAAAAAAAAUAAAAUAAAAUAAUGAACCAAAUGUAAAAGUGAUAGCACAACACAAGAUUGACUGAGUUCUAGGGACUAAUCAUAUCAAAUAUUCCCUAGACAGACACGAAAACUUGAAAAGAAAUUAAAUAUAUUCGUUUAUAUGUUAUAGUAUGGCUACAGAAUAGAAAAAUAAAUAAAUAAAAAAAGCAACAGAUGAAAUCAGAAUUAAGAAUUGAUGAAUCAUAAAUUCCACAUGGGUUUUUAGUUAAUUUGAUUUUAAUUUACUUUGUUAUUUACAGUAAUUACAUGAACUGUUUAUGUAAAUAAAGUAUCUUGUUAAAUAAUUAGGCCAGUAGUUUACCAUUUAACAUCUUAUAGGUUUCUUGAAACCAAUGUAAAUUAUACUUUUAUGAUUUUGUACAUUAUUCUUCAUCUUGCCUGUUUCUUAUCCUUGGCAAGUUACCUGCUAGUCUUUUAAAAC